UUCCAGUACAAACGUCGCCAAACCCCAGGUUGGUCAGCAGCAAAUUCCAGAAUGUCGAAGCAGGGAGAGGUAGUGUGCGUCACCGGCGGUAGCGGCUGCAUCGGCUCGUGGCUCGUCCGCCUCCUCCUCGAGCGCGGUUACAUCGUCCACGCCACCGUCCAAAAUCUCGAUGAUGAUGCUGAGACGAAGCAUCUACAAGCUCUACCGGGAGCGGACUCCCGUCUCCGCCUCUUCUGCAUGGACCUCCUCCGAUACGAUUCCAUCCUCGCCGCCGUCCGCGGUUGCGCCGGCGUCUUCCACCUCGCCUCUCCCUGCAUCGUCGACCAAGUCCGCGACCCCGAGAAGGAGCUUUUGGACCCGGCCAUUAAAGGAACAAUCAACGUCUUGACAGCGGCUAAAGAAGUCGGGGUUCGGCGCGUGGUGGUGACGUCCUCUAUCUCCGCCAUCACGCCCAGCCCUUCUUGGCCUGCUGAUCAAGUGAAGGCUGAAGAUUGUUGGACUGAUGUUGACUACUGCAAGCAGAAUGGGUUGUGGUAUCCCGCUUCCAAAACACUUGCCGAAAAGACUGCUUGGGACUUUGCUAAGGAGAAUGGAUUAGAUGUGGUUGUGGUGAAUCCUGGAACGGUCAUGGGUCCUGUCAUCCCCCCAAGACUCAAUGCAAGCAUGUUGAUGCUCGUGCGCCUUCUUCAGGGAUGCACUGAAACAUACCAAGACUUUUUCAUGGGAUCUGUCCAUUUUAAAGACGUUGCCUUAGCACACAUUCUGGUUUACGAGAAUGCAUCAGCCAAAGGAAGGCACUUGUGCGUGGAAGCUAUAUCACAUUAUGGUGAUUUUGUGGCCAAGGUUGCUGAGCUUUACCCUGAAUAUAACUUGCCAAGAUUACCCAAGGAUACUCAGCCAGGGUUAUUGAGGACGAAGAACGGAGCUAAGAAGCUGAUGGACUUGGGAUUGGAGUUUAUCCCCAUGGAACAAAUCAUCAAGGAUUCCGUGGAGAGCUUAAAGAGCAAGGGCUUCAUUUCAUGAACAUAUUAUCCCAGAGAAUUCUUGGAAACCAGCAUAUGCUGUGAUGUAUCCUAGCUAUGUCUUGUGGUAACGCUGUACUAAUGUCGUAACGAGUAAUGGAGUCAAUGGAUGAAUUGCCAGUGCACCGGACAAAUGGGUGAAUAAUCCAAUGCAAUCUUACUGUCUUGGAAA